CUUUGAGCAGACAUCAUGGCCGGCGUUUUCAAAGUUUUCAAUAGAAGUUUUUCUUCGAGUGCUUCUACAAUGGCACAAAUUAAGCAAGUGACAGUUAUUGGUAGUGGUUUAAUGGGCGCUGGAAUUGCACAGGUUGCUGCUUCAACAGGACAUAAUGUUGUAUUAGUUGAUCAAAACCAAGACAUAUUAGAUAAAUCCAUGGGUAAUCUCAGGAAAAGUUUACAAAGAGUUGCCAAGAAGAAAUAUGCUGAUGAUGCAGCAGGUGGAGAAAAUUUUGUUAAGGAUGUAUUAGGGAAAAUUCAAACAGAAACAGAUUCAGCGAAAUCAGUGUUAAAAGCAGAUUUGGUAAUAGAAGCUAUUGUUGAAAAUUUAGAUGUUAAAAGAAAGUUAUUUAAACAACUAGAUCAAGCUGCUCCUCAACAUACAAUAUUUGCCAGUAAUACAUCAUCCUUACCAAUCAGUGAUAUAGCCACUUCAACUAAACGACUAGAUAGAUUUGGUGGUUUACAUUAUUUUAACCCUGUGCCAAUGAUGAAAUUGGUUGAGGUUAUAAGAAUUCCAGAUACAAGUGAUGAUACUUUUAAAUCUUUGGUAGAAUUUGGUAAAGCGAACGGUAAAGUCACAGUGGAAUGCAAGGACACUCCCGGUUUUAUUGUAAAUAGAUUAUUAGUACCUUAUAUGAUGGAAUCUGUAAGACUGGUGGAAAGAGGUGAUGCCAGCCCAAGAGAUAUUGAUACAGCCAUGAAGCUAGGUGCAGGCUAUCCAAUGGGACCAUUUGAAUUAGCUGAUUAUGUUGGUUUGGAUACUGUCAAAUUUAUUAUUGAUGGUUGGUGUGAGAAAUAUCCUGAUAAUCCCCUGUUCCAACCAUCAGCAAUGGUCAAUAAAUUAGUAUCAGAGGGUAAACUUGGUAUGAAAACUGGAGAAGGUUUUUAUUCACAUAAGAAGUAGACUUAAAUGAAUGCAGCUUAAAAAAACAUUUACCAACCUUUUUUUAGUAAACACUGGCUGACCAAAAGACAAUCUUUCCUUAAUAACAGAUCAACUUUGACUUCCUUAACUUUUGUAUCUACAUUUUGUAAUGAGCCUGCGAGUUGAAUAAUUAAUUCUAUAUGUAUAAAUAUCAGUAUUUUAGAAGUAUUCUGUGUAAUGAUUUUUUUGUUGUUAUCAGUGUUUGUUCUGGGAAGUAGUUGGUUAUUCCAAAUGAUUUGUAAUUACAAUCUACAUAAUAGUGAAUAAGUAUUAAAUAUCAAGUUUACUGUUUCUGUUAAAUGUACAAUCCUCCACUGUAUAAGUGAGAAAUAAAAACAAUGAUGCCACA